AUGGCGCAGACCGAUGGCCUGGCCGCCGUCCACCACCAGCCCCUACCGCAUUCUCCUAGUAAGCUAGACUCACCCUUUGCACACCACUUUGGAUCUUGGAUUGGGAUAGACAUCAAUGUAGGCCAGGCGACGGCCUCGGCGGGGUGGAAGACGCCCUUGUCCAUGGUGCUGGUGCAGCUCUUCAACACGGGGAUGAUCCUGCUGUCCAAGGUGUCCAUUGGCGGCGGCAUGUUCAUCUUCAGCCUUCUCGCCUACCGCAGCUUCUUCGGCGCCGUCUUCAUCCUCCCCUUUGCGCUCGUCUACGAGAGGGGAAAGUGGAGGGACAUGAGCUGGAGAGCGUUCGGAUUUAUAUUCUUCAACGCGUUUAUCGGGUAUUCUGUCCCUUUGAGUCUAUACUACUAUGGCCUCCGGGAUACCACGGCAUCUUAUGCUGUCAUCUUUCUAAAUAUAAUUCCUCUGGUCACGUUCGUGAUCUCCUUAGUUCUCAGAAUGGAGACCUUGCAAAUUUGCAGCGCAGCAGGGUCGCUUAAGAUAGUAGGUGUUUUCCUCUCAGUUGGAGGCACCAUGCUUAUCAGCCUUUACAAGGGCAAGACGCUUCAUCUCUGGAGUCCACUAUUUGAGUACCAUAAGGACAAACAAUUGGAGGUGGCAAGCAAUCAGCUAAGAGGGACAAUCAUCUUGGUUGCCAGCAGCUUCGCCUUCGCUUGCUGGUACAUAAUUCAGUCAAAGGUUCUCAAGGUGUAUCCGCACAAAUACUGGUCAUCCAUGUUGACAUGCUUAGUUGGAGGAUUUCAGACAGCACUUGUUGGUAUAAUAUUAAGAACAGACAAAAGUGCUUGGAAGCUAGGAUGGGAUCUGAACCUUGUGACCAUUUUAUACUCGGGAGCUCUUGCAACGGCAGCAAGAUAUAGCCUCAACUCGUGGGUUGUGGCUAAGCGAGGCCCAGCAUAUCCACCAAUGUUCAGCCCAUUAUCAGUGGUAUUCACUGUUGUCCUGUCCUCUGUCUUCAUUGGGGAUCAUACUACAAUAGGAAGCAUCCUUGGGACAGCAACGGUGAUUGUUGGGCUCUAUGUUUUCCUAUGGGCAAAAUCGAAAGAAGUUUGGCAAGCAUGA